AUGAAUCUUGUGGAAAUGGAUGAACUAGAAAUUGGCUUAAUCGGUUUAGGAGCGAUGGGAAUGAUGUAUGCCAAGAGGCUAGUCGAGGCUGGUUGGAAGAAUGUAAAUGUUUGCGACUUGCCUUCGAAGUACGAACGGCUGGAAAUAGCGUUAGCAGGCAGCGGCCUGACUGUUCUAAAAGACGGACAUGCUGUAUCGCGGAGGAGUGAUUUUAUUAUUUAUUCUGUUGAAGCCGAAAAUAUAGAACGUGUGGUUGCCGAAUAUGGACCAUCUACGAAGAUGGGAGCAAUUGUCGGUGGUCAGACAUCUGUAAAAGAACCGGAAAUUCGCGCAUUUGAAAAAUACCUGCCCGAUGAUGUCCAUAUUGUAACUUGUCAUUCUUUGCACGGACCAACCGUUCAUUCUAAAGGGCAACCAUUGGUAUUGAUACGUCAUCGCGCGUCGGAUGACAAAUACAAUCUCGUAAUUCGCAUACUUUCCUGUUUGCAAUCUGAAAUAGUUGAAUUAUCGUACAAAGAACAUGAUAGAAUAACAGCUGAUACACAGGCUGUUACCCACGUAGCAUUUCUGAGCAUGGGUACGGCAUGGAAGACUCAAAUGCAAUUUCCGUGGGAAACGCCCCAAUACGUUGGAGGAAUAGAGAACGUAAAAAUAAACAUGACAUUACGCAUCUAUUCCAAUAAAUGGCACGUGUAUGCUGGUAUCGCAAUGAUGAAUCCAAGUGCAGAGAUUCAAAUCCGCCAAUAUGCACAAUCUGUCUCUGAUCUGUUUAAACUAAUGAUCCAAGAAAAACAAGAGGAAUUCGAGAAUCGUGUCAAGUUGGCGGGAGAUUUUGUUUUCGGUAAACAUGCUGAAAGCAGGCAGCCAAUAUUAUUAAGCGAUUCGAUACUAGACAGAUUUUCACUGUCGAGUGUACCGAGCGAGCAAAGGAAGCCUAACUCGCACUUGUCACUGUUGGCAAUGGUGGACAGCUGGCACAAGCUUGGCAUUAGGCCAUAUGAACACAUGGUCUGUCAAACACCUUUAUUCAGACUGUGGAUCGGAAUAGCAGAAUAUCUCUUUCGCAACACUGAAAUGCUGAAGGAAGCCAUUCAAGCAGCAUUGUAUGAUAAAGACAUUCGAGCAGAUGAUAUGGAAUUCUAUUCUGCUUCCAAAGGCUGGGCAGAAUGUGUUGCAGUGGGGAACAUGGCUGCAUAUCAGAAGCGAUUCGAAGAAACGGCCGAAUUCUUUAAAGAGAGGUUCACGGAAGGUGUUAGAAUUGGAAAUGAAAUGAUAGAAGUGAUCAAAACGCACCAGCCCGGAAGUAGGUCGAGUCAGACUGGAAAACAUUAA